AUGAAGCGCAAGCAGCCUACGGAGGAGCCAGCGCUCCUGCGAGUGUUCAAGGCCUCCGGCGAAGAGCUAGCUUCCAUUCCCACGGACGAUGUCGUCAACGUCCAAGACUUGAAGCAGCGGUUGGAGGGCUUGUGCGGGCUGCCGCGGUUCAGGCAACGGCUCCUACACGAGAACGUGGACUUGGAAGACCACGUGAAGCUGGAGUCGGCUAUGGACCUUCAGUUGGUCUUGUUGGGCUUCAUCAGUGCUUCCGCAGAGCAGGAGGAGGAGCUGACGGCGGUGGCCGGAAGCGGCGACGUGCCACAGCUUGAGCGGAUCCUUCAGCGGCCCCAGUGCCCGGACAUCGGCGCCAACUCCGAGGAGGAGGACGAGACCCCCCUGUGCUACGCCUCCUCCGAAGGCCACGGCGACGCCGUGCGCUUGCUCCUCGAGGCGCGAGCGGAUGCGAACGCGCCCAACGGGGAGGGGGACAGGCCCCUCUUGCUUGCAUCCAUACAUUGCCAUCCGGAGAUUGUGGACCUCCUGUUGGGGGCCAGGGCAGACAUGGACGUCUGCGGCAGCGAUGAGGAAACCCCUCUGUACUUGGCGGCCGCCGAAGGGCACCUGGACGUCGCCUGCUUGCUCCUGCGCGCGCGGGCAGACCUCGAGGCCACGAACUACGAUGAGGAGACGCCCCUCUUUACAGCCUGCGAGUUUGGGCAGCAGGCGCUGGUAGCUCUGCUGCUGAGAGCCCGGGCGGACCCGAACGCGCGCGACGUCAACGGCCGCACGCCCAUCCUGGCAGCAUGUGUUGAGAACCAUCCGAAAAUCGUGCGCCUGCUUCUUCAGGCGAUGGCAGAGACGGGCCUCGCCGAGCCGCCUCUGUGUGUGGCAGCCAGACUCGGCCGCUUGAAAGUGGUGCGGGUGUUGCUGGCGGCGCGCGCGGAACUGGAGGCAAGAGACUCCACAGGCAUGACGCCGCUGUCCGUUGCCUGCGCCGGCGAUGAGGUCCGUGUGGCCAUGGCCUUGCUGCAGGCGAGGGCGGCGUUGGAGGCGCGGGACCAUCUUGGGCAGACGCCUCUCUGGCAUGCGACCGACGUCCGAGGCGGCGUUCGCCUGGCGCGCUUGCUUUUGGAGGCCGGCGCCCGCAGAAACAUCAGCAACCGGUACGGGCACACGCUUCGACAGAAGUUGGCCGCGCGCGGGAGCAUACAGAUCCUGCGCUUGCUGUCGAACCGGAGGAUACUGCGGAUGCCACGCAAGGAAACGUCCCCUUAA